CCAGAAUCACCUUGGGUCCGGGCGCCGAGAUGGCGUCCUCCGCCUCCGCUCGCACUCCGGCGGGGAAGCGAGUGGUGAAUCAGGACGAACUGCGGCGGUUGAUGAAGGAGAAGCAGCGUCUGAGCACCAAUCGGAAACGGAUAGAAUCUCCAUUUGCGAAGUACAACCGUUUGGGGCAGCUGAGCUGUGCCCUGUGUAACACCCCGGUGAAGAGCGAGCUCCUGUGGCAGACUCACGUCCUGGGAAAGCAGCACCGUGAGAAAGUGGCCGAGCUGAAAGGCGCGAAAGAAGCCACCCAGAGUCCGUCCUCCAGCGCAGGGCCUCAGUCAGCCAAGAGGAAGGCGUCGGAUGCGGAUGGCCAGGAUGCCAAAAGACCCAAGGCCCCUCCGCUGCCUCAGGUACAGCCCUCCACAUCCGCUUUGCCCACCAACUUUGACAGAGCAGGGAAGGAGUCCUCCAGAGCGACCCUCAGUAAGGUUUCGGGACUCGGUUUACUCCCUGAUUAUGAAGAUGAGGAGGAGGAGGAGGAAGAGGGAGGAGAAGGGAAAAGAGGGGACACUAGCAAGCAGCCGUCCGACGCACAGGGCAAGGAACACUCGCUUUCCUCGUCGAGAGAGGCAACAAGUGGUAUGCUGCCAGGCGGUUUCUCAGAUACACAUCCUCCCAAGGCCCCUUUAAUUCCUCAUUCAGGGUCAAUUGAGAAAGCAGAAAUACAUGAAAAAGUCGUGGAAAGGAGAGAAAACACAGCGGAGGCAUUACCGGAAGGCUUUUUUGACGACCCUGAGAUAGAUGCUAGGGUACGAAAGGUUGAUGCCCCAAAGGAUCAGAUGGACAAAGAGUGGGACGAAUUUCAAAAGGCCAUGAGACAGGUCAAUACCAUUUCCGAAGCCAUAGUUGCCGAAGAGGAUGAGGAGGGACGGUUGGACCGGCAAAUUGGGGAGAUCGAUGAGCAGAUAGAAUGUUACCGUCGGGUGGAAAAGCUUCGGAAUCGCCAGGAUGAAAUAAAACAUAAGCUUAAAGAGGUUCUGACUAUAAAAGAACUUCAGAAAAAGGAAGAGGAGAAUGUUGACAGCGAUGAUGAGGGAGAACUACAAGAUUUGUUGUCUCAGGAUUGGAGGGUAAAAGGGGCUUUGUUAUAGGGUUUCAAAGACCCGAGAUUUUCAUACCCUCUACAGUGGUACCAAAAGUGCUGUCUCUGGAUAGGAUACUGGUUAUUUCAUGCCCUGAUAUUUGUUAACCUAACUGGGUUGUUGAGAUACAAUGAGCCUGUGAAGAUGGCACUUUUGAAAAUUGGUGUAAAAUAUUCUUGAGGUAAAGUUGUUUUUGAAAUUUUUGAACUAUUAUAUACUAAAAUGUCAACUUUUUCACACAUUUACUUAAGUGUAUAAUUUUGAAUUGUCAAAUCUGUAAGCUGUAAAUAUUAUAUAUAGUUAAAUAUAUAUUUACUUAAGUAAUUCUGUUUUGAAAUUUAUAAAUAAGUAGAAGCCAAGCCAACAGACAAGCUUUUAGAUGAAAACCAAGUUUGGUAUUUGGGAUAUGUGUGACUUUUUCUUUUCUAAUCCCCUAAAUCAACUCAAGAGUAUUUUGCAGGAAGGUGGGGGACGGGGUUGUUUUUGUUUUUUAAAUAGUCAUAAACACAUAAGUCAUUCAGGG